AUGAAGUUCGUUGCUGUCAUCUUUGCCGUGGUCACGGUGGCCAGCUCCAUGCCCAUGGAGCAGCAAAAGUGUGGCGGUUUUUGCACUGCCGAAUACGACCCCAUCAAGUGCACCAACGGGAUCGUUUAUGGCAACGCUUGCGAACUUGCGAAAGCCAAGGAUUGUAACCCUCGGGCUUUUGACGGUGUCACUUGCAGCAGUGGCGCCCAGGAGUAG